AUGUCGCCCACGUCCAGACCCAGGGCGCACCAGGACAUGGCGCUGCUGCUGGCCAAGGAGACGCGGAGCUGCCCACAGCGCGGGCACCUGCAGCUGCGCCCCUCCCUGGCCACUCCCGGCACCCGGGCAGCCAAUGCGGUGACCGACGCAGGGCGGGGUGCUCCGCCGCGGCCCAAGCAGGUGAGCUGGGGCCGGCACGCGGGAGCAGGUGGAGCGGAGCAGGUGGGCGAGGGCGGGGCCGAGAGGGCCAAUGCGAAACGCGCCGGCGGAACAGGUGGGCGCAGACGGGGCAGCACCGAGCAGGUGAGCUGGGGCCGGCACGCGGGAGCAGGUGGAGCGGAGCAGGUGGGCGAGGGCGGGGCCGAGAGGGCCAAUGCGAAACGCGCCGGCGGAACAGGUGGGCGCAGACGGGGCAGCACCGAGCAGCCGCGCGUCUCCAUCUACAGCGCGCGCCGCCCGCUGCUCGCGCGCACCCACAUCCAGGGCCGCGUCUACAACUUCCUGGAGCGCCCCACCGGCUGGAAGUGCUUCGUCUACCACUUCGCCGUCUUCCUCAUCGUCCUGGUCUGCCUCAUCUUCAGCGUGCUGUCCACCAUCGAGCAGUACGUCGCCCUGGCCACAGGCACUCUCUUCUGGAUGGAGAUCGUCCUGGUGGUGUUCUUCGGGACGGAGUACGUGGUGCGCCUCUGGUCGGCCGGCUGCCGCAGCAAGUACGUGGGCAUCUGGGGGCGGCUGCGCUUUGCCCGGAAGCCCAUCUCCAUCAUCGACCUCAUCGUGGUUGUGGCCUCCAUGGUCGUUCUCUGCGUGGGCUCCAAGGGGCAGGUGUUUGCCACCUCGGCCAUCAGGGGCAUCCGCUUCCUGCAGAUCCUACGAAUGCUGCACGUGGACCGCCAAGGAGGUACCUGGAGGCUGCUGGGCUCCGUGGUCUUCAUCCAUCGCCAGGAGCUGAUCACCACACUGUACAUCGGCUUCCUGGGCCUCAUCUUCUCCUCCUACUUCGUGUACCUGGCCGAGAAGGACGCCGUGAACGAGUCGGGCCGCGUGGAGUUCGGCAGCUACGCGGACGCCCUGUGGUGGGGUGUGGUCACGGUCACCACCAUCGGCUACGGGGACAAAGUGCCGCAGACCUGGGUCGGGAAGACGGUGGCGUCCUGCUUCUCCGUCUUCGCCAUCUCGUUCUUCGCGCUCCCGGCGGGUAUUCUCGGCUCCGGCUUCGCCCUGAAGGUCCAGCAGAAGCAGAGGCAGAAGCACUUCAACCGGCAGAUCCCGGCGGCAGCCUCGCUCAUCCAGACAGCAUGGAGGUGCUAUGCCACAGAGAACCCCGACUCGGCCACCUGGAAAAUCUACGUGCGGAAGCCUUCACGGGGCCACUCACUGCUGUCCCCCAGCCCCAAGCCCAAGAAGUCCGCCAUGAUGAAGAAAAAAAAGUUCAAACUGGACAGGGACAACGGGGUGAGCCCGGGGGAGAAGACGCUGACGGUCCCCCACAUCACGUGCGACCACGUCCCGGACGAGCAGAGGACGGACCCCUUCUCCGUGGACUGCUACGACAGUUCUGUGAAGAAGAGCUCCAUGCUGCUGGAGGUGAGCACGCCCCAGUUCGUGAGGACCAACAGCUUCACCGAGGACCUGGACCUGGAAGGGGAGACGCUGCUGGCCCCCAUCACCCACGUGUCGCAGCUGCGGGAGCACCAUCGGGCCACCAUCAAGGUCGUCCGGCGCAUGCAGUACUUUGUGGCCAAGAAGAGGUUUCAGCAAGCCCGGAAGCCCUAUGACGUGCGGGACGUGAUCGAGCAAUACUCCCAAGGCCACCUCAACCUCAUGGUGCGCAUCAAGGAGCUGCAGAGAAGGCUGGACCAGUCCAUCGGAAAGCCCUCCCUCUUCAUCUCUGUGUCAGAGAAGAGCAAGGACCGUGGCAGCAACACCAUCGGCGCCCGUCUGAACCGAGUGGAGGACAAGGUGACACAGCUGGACCAGAGGCUGGUGCUCAUCACAGACAUGCUUCACCAGCUUCUCUCACUGCACCAGGGCGGCCCCCCGGGCGGCCGGGCCCCCAGCGGGAGCGGGGCCCAACUGGCCCAGCCCUGCCGUGGCUCCAUCAACCCCGAGCUCUUCCUACCCAGUAACACCCUGCCCACCUACGAACAGCUGACCGUACCCCGCAGGGGUCCCGACGAGGGGUCCUGACGAGGGCCCAAGGCCUGAGGGGGGGGAGGCCUGCCGGCCUGCCCCGCCUCUUGCUCAGCAGGGGUGCCCAUCAGGCCGCCUGCCACUUCCUCCAGGGCUAAGAGAGCGGCCCCUCUCUCCCAGGCCCUGGACUCCCCAUGGGCCACCUCAGCCCACGAGCGUGGGCUUGGGGGUUCACUGAGGCCACCUCUUCCCAGCCGGCGGGUACUAGAACUUGGCUGGGUGAGGAAGCCUCUAGACUGUGGCCCCCGUUGCUUAUGUGGUGUUUGGGACGCAGUGGCAGCGGGUCAGGCUGGGCCCCAGGGCUGGGCAUCCCGGCCCUCGAUCUGUCCCAUGUAUGGCAGGAAAUAGGACAGGUGCAUACAGGGCCACCCUGGUAGACCCCAGAGGGCUUUCUAAGGGGAGACUGAGAGGCAGCCUAGAUAGGGCCUGUGGGUUCCACACCCCCCACCUGGAAACAGGGACCCAGGCGGACCCAAGGAGGAGACAGGCGGGGCAGGGCAGGCCCAGCCCAUGCCAAGGAUGCCCACGAGGCCCGCUCAGAGGACCCCAGGCCUGGGUCCUGGCCCUCAGUCUCCAGAGAUGCUGACUUGAUGGCAGGGGACGGUGAAGAAGCUGACCCCGGGGCCAUAGCUUCGAGCAGGAUGGGCCCGCUGCUGUCCCCGGGGCACUGUGCCAGGGGCAGGAUGUCCACCAGUGGAAUAGCGGGGGACAGGCCCCCACUUUGGACUGGCAGCUUCUCCUACCCAUUCCAGAGAAAAGAGGGCCCCCCAACCCUGCUCGCAUGCAGCCCCGCCUCCAGCUCCCCGCCGGGUCCCAACAGCUGGACGGACGCGCAGAACCCGCAGCGGCUGCACCACGGGGGAGCGUGAGGGGGACGCGGCCCCUCCACAGGACCGGGCUCCUCCUGGGCGUCAUGUCUCAGAAAUCAGAAUAAUUUGUGGUGAUUUGGAAUCUGCCUUUUAAUGAGUUUCACGGUGUGGUUUUGAUUCUUUCUUGUGCUGGCUUCUCCUAAUAAACGUGGAG